UCAUUCCUCCUGACAAGCUUCCGAGUCCAAAAACAUCGAAUCUUGCUCCAGAAUCCUCAGGUUCUACCGCCAAUAUUAUUGCAUAUUUCCAAAACCAUAAACCUCCGAUCAGUUUCUAAUAUUAUUGCAUCAACGCACUCUCACUUGAAUUGAAAGUUGAAACAACAAAAUGGGCAGAGAAAACUGGUCUGUUGUCGGCCGCCUCAAGAAAGCUGUGAGGAAGAUAAACUCCCUGCUUCGCUUAAACCGAGCCAAAUGGCGCUUUUUUUGCUUCCUCCAAAGCGCUUCCGGCGGGCGGCGACUUAGCUUGAGCUUUAAUGAUCGUUUGGGUUUGCAUGGCUGCAUUGAAAAUGAAGAAUCCAAUGAAAGAGGGUCGGUUCGAGCUCUUCAAAGAGUGACAAGUUAUGCUGCAGAUGAUGAUGUGGACAAAAGGGCGGAGCUUUUUAUCUCCAAUUUCCGUCGCCAGCUUUGGUUAGAAAGGCAGGUUUCUUUGGAGCAAAGUUACUGCCAAACCAGGAGUUUGGAGUUGGACACAGACUAAUCUCCAACACUGAAGAUAUGUCAAAUCAAGCGGAUUGAGGUGUAACCUAUUGUAAGCGUCCCCUACAAGAUUUAUCAAGAACGAGGUUAGCUAUUAUUAU